ACCCUCCCGUCACUUCUCUCUCGCUCUCCACGCCCGGCCAGAAUUGGGGGUGUUCGCCGGAGACGGAAAGAAAGGGGUGCCAGAGACCGUGCCAAGCGCUUGUCAAAGGGUGUGAAAAUGAAGGUGGUUUCCUGCGUCUUCCUGGCCUCUCUGCUGAAAGCUGCAUUUACACAAGAGGACCCCAAUACUUACACGGAAUGCACGGACGGCUAUCAGUGGGACUCCGAAACCCAGCACUGCAAAGACAUUAACGAAUGCGAGACCAUCCACCACGCUUGUAAAGGGGAGAUGAAAUGCAUCAACCAUUAUGGGGGGUACCUCUGCCUCCCGCGUUCCGCUUCGGUCAUCAACGACGUCAACGCCGAACGAGCCCCUCUGGACAGCCCCCCCAGGCAUAGACCUCGCCUGCCGCCCCAGCCCUCCGUCCGACCUCACACUUGUGCCCAGGGUUACGAGCCUGACCGGCAUGGAUCGUGCGUGGACCUGGAUGAGUGUGAAUAUGAUUUGCACGACUGCCAGCCCAGCCAGCAGUGCAUCAACACCAUCGGUAGUUUUCACUGCCAGUGCCCAGAGGGCUAUCGGAAGAUCGGCACGGAGUGUGUCGACAUCGACGAAUGCCGUUACCGCUAUUGUCAACACCGUUGCGUCAAUUCCCCUGGAUCUUUCACUUGCCAGUGUGAAUCCGGAUUUCAGCUGGCCAGUAACAACCGCUCGUGUGUGGAUGUGAACGAGUGCGAGAUGGGGGCCCCCUGCAAACAACGCUGCUUCAACACCUACGGCACUUUUAUCUGCCGUUGCAACCAAGGAUACGAACUGGACCACGAUGGCUUUACCUGCAAAGACGUGGACGAAUGCGGCUAUUCGAAUUACUUGUGUCAACACCAAUGUGUGAACAAACCCGGUCACUUCUCCUGCGUUUGUCCUCAAGGUUACAACCUCGUGAACACCCGGCUUUGCCAAGACAUUAACGAAUGUGAGUCAGGCAGCCAUCAGUGCACGGAGUCCCAGAACUGUGUGAACUUUCACGGCGGGUAUCGGUGCGUGGAGAAGAAACUCUGUCAAGAACCCUACAUCCACGUCUCUGAAAACCGCUGUCUUUGCCCGACCACAAACCCCCUUUGUCGCGAUAAACCAUCCUCCGUUAUCUACCGGUAUAUGAGCAUCUUGGCUGAUCGGCCAGUGCCCUCGGACAUUUUCCAGAUUCAGGCUACCACCUUCUACCCAGGAGCUUACAACACCUUCCAGAUCCGCUCAGGCAACGAGGAUGGAGAAUUUUACAUCCGGCAAAUCAGCAACAUCAGUGCCAUGUUGGUGCUGUCUCGGGCGGUGUUGGGUCCCCGUGAGUUUGUGCUGGAUUUAGAGAUGGUCACCAUCAAUAAUCUGAUGAGCUACCAAGCCAGCUCGGUGCUCCGCCUCACCGUCUUCGUGGGGGCUCAUCCGUUCUAGUGGGGGCAGAUCUCCUCCCCUUACCUGGCGUGGCAAGGAAGGGGAAACGUCUGUCCAAGGUGGAGGAACGACCCAACAACGAAAGGACACAACUGCUGCUGCUGCUGAAAAAAAAAAUAUGGAAGUUUGACGGUCCCACGGUCUUCCCCACCCACUGUCUACCAGAAUCACCAAUUGCCAGAACUGGACGAGUCCCUCAGAACCAGACCCUUAGCUUAAAAGAUGUUUGUGGCCAUCCUGGACCCAAUCCACCCUUCCUGAGCAUCGCUUCUUGAUCCGUAACGCCGGCCAAUAACGCCACCUUGUCUGCAUAAGGAUAGAAGGACCCAUCCCUGCACUUGGCAUGGAGAGAGGACAUUUGAACCUUUUAGUAGAAGUUCCAUUUUU